AUAACUCACUGCUACUUGCAGUCCACCUUCUCUGAGGAAAAGAGUAAAUAAAACACGGCAGAGUCACAGAAGAGUCUUCAUUUCAGAAGUGCUCCAGGAAUCAUGCUGGAGGAAUUCUGCAACUCUACGUUUUGGAACUCUUCAUUCUUGGAUAGCCCAGAAGCGGACCUGCCACUUUGUUUUGAGCAAACUGUUCUGGUGUGGAUUCCCUUGGGUUUCCUUUGGCUCCUGGCCCCUUGGCAGCUUCUUCAUGUGUAUAGGACCAAGAUCAAGAGAUCUUCUAUAACCAAACUCUACCUUGCUAAGCAGGUGCUUGUUGGUUUUCUUCUUAUUCUAGCAGCCAUAGAGCUGGUCCUUGUACUCACAGAAGACUCUGGAGAAGCCACAGUCCCUGCCAUUAGAUACACCAAUCCAAGCCUUUACCUGGGCACAUGGCUCCUGGUUUUGCUGAUCCAAUACAGCAGGCGAUGGUGUGUACAGAAGGAUUCUUGGUUCCUGUCCCUAUUCUGGAUUCUCUCAAUACUCUGUGGUAGUUUCCAAUUUCAGACUCUGAUCCGGACACUCUUAAAGGACAGCAAUUCUAACUUGGCUUACUCUUGCCUGUUCUUCAUCGGCUAUGCACUACAGAUCCUGGUCCUGAUCCUAUCAGCAUUUUCAGAAAAAGAUGCCUCCUCAAACAAUCCAUCAUUCACGGCCUCAUUUCUGAGUAGCAUUACGUUUAGUUGGUAUGACAGCAUUGUUAUGAAAGGCUACAAGCAACCUCUGACACUGGAAGAUGUGUGGGAUGUUGAUGAAAAGAUUACAACCAAGGCACUGGUCAGCAAGUUUGAAAAAUAUAUGGUGGAAGAGCUGCAGAAGGCCAGAAAGACCCUCCAGAAACAGCAACAGAGGAACACCCAGGGGAAGUCUGGAGAAAGGCUGCAUGACUUGAACAAGAAUCAGAGUCAAAGCCAAGAUAUCCUUGUUCUGGAAGAAGUUAAAAAGAAAAAAAAGAAGUCUGGGACCACAGAAAAGUUUCCCAAGUCCUGGUUGGUCAAGAGUCUCUUCAAAACUUUCUAUGUCAUACUCUUGAAAUCAUUCCUACUGAAGCUGGUGUAUGACCUUCUCACGUUUCUGAAUCCUCAGCUGCUGAAGUUGCUGAUCUCCUUUGCAAAUGACCCAGACACGUAUGUGUGGACUGGGUAUUUCUAUUCGGUCCUCUUCUUUGUUGUGGCCCUCAUCCAGUCUCUCUGCCUUCAGAGCUACUUUCAAAUGUGCUUCAUGUUGGGUGUAAACGUACGGACAACCAUCAUGGCUUCCAUAUACAAGAAGGCGCUGACCCUUUCCAACCAGGCCAGGAAGCAGUACACCAUUGGAGAAACAGUGAACCUGAUGUCUGUGGAUGCUCAGAAGCUCAUGGAUGUGACCAACUUCAUUCAUCUGCUGUGGUCAAAUGUUCUCCAGAUUGCUUUAUCUAUCUACUUCCUGUGGGCAGAGCUGGGACCCUCCGUCUUAGCAGGUGUUGGGGUGAUGAUACUCCUAAUUCCAGUUAAUGGGCUACUUGCCUCUAAGAGUAGAGCUAUUCAGGUAAAAAAUAUGAAGAAUAAAGACAAACGUUUAAAGAUCAUGAAUGAAAUUCUCAGUGGGAUCAAGAUCCUGAAAUAUUUUGCCUGGGAACCUUCAUUCAAAAACCAAGUCCACGAACUUCGGAAGAAAGAGCUCAAGAACCUGCUGACCUUCGGGCAGAUGCAGUCUGUAAUGGUGUUUCUCUUAUACUUAACUCCGGUCUUGGUGUCUGUGAUCACGUUUUCAGUUUACACUCUGGUGGACAGCAAUAAUGUUUUGGAUGCAGAGAAGGCAUUCACCUCCAUCACCCUCUUCAAUAUCCUGCGCUUUCCCCUGAGCAUGCUCCCCAUGGUAAUCUCCUCACUGCUCCAGGCCAGCGUUUCCAGAGAACGCCUGGAAAAGUACUUGGGAGGGGAUGACUUAGACACAUCCGCCAUUCGACGUGACAGCAGUUCUGACAAAGCUGUGCAGUUCUCAGAGGCCUCCUUCACCUGGGACCAGGACUCGGAAGCCACAAUCAGAGAUGUGAACCUGGACAUUAUGCCAGGCCAAUUGGUGGCUGUGGUGGGCACUGUAGGCUCUGGGAAGUCUUCCUUGAUGUCAGCCAUGCUGGGAGAAAUGGAAGAUGUCCAUGGGCACAUCACCAUCAAGGGCACCAUAGCCUACGUCCCACAGCAAUCCUGGAUUCAGAAUGGCACCAUAAAGGACAAUAUCCUUUUUGGAUCCGAGUUGGAUGAAAAGAGAUACCAGCAGGUGCUAGAAGCCUGUGCCCUCCUACCAGACUUGGAAGUGCUGCCGGGAGGAGACCUGGCUGAGAUUGGAGAGAAGGGUAUAAAUCUUAGUGGGGGUCAGAAGCAGCGGAUUAGCCUGGCCAGAGCUACCUAUCAGAAUUCAGACAUCUAUGUUCUGGAUGACCCCCUGUCGGCUGUGGAUGCUCAUGUGGGAAGACAUAUUUUCAAUAAGGUCUUGGGUCCCAAUGGCCUAUUGAAAGGCAAGACUCGACUCUUGGUUACACAUAGCAUUCACUUUCUUCCCCAAGUGGAUGAGAUUGUGGUUCUGGGGAAUGGCACCAUCUUGGAGAAGGGAUCCUACAACACUCUGCUGGCCAAGAAAGGAUUGUUUGCUAAGAUUCUGAAGACAUUCACAAAACAGACGGGUCCUGAAGGAGAGGCCACAGUCAAUGAGGACAGUGAAGAAGAUGAUGACUGUGGGCUGAUGCCCAGUGUGGAGGAAAUCCCUGAGGAUGUGGCCUCCUUGACCAUGAAAAGAGAGAACAGCUUUCAUCGAACACUUAGUCGCAGUUCCAGGUCCAGGAGCAGACAUCAGAAAUCCCUAAGAAACUCUUUGAAAACCCGGAAUGUGAAUACUCUGAAGGAGGAGGAGGAGGAACCAGUGAAAGGACAAAAACUAAUUAAGAAGGAAUUCAUACAAACUGGAAAGGUGAAGUUCUCCAUCUACCUGAAGUACCUACGAGCAAUAGGAUGGUAUUUGAUAUUCCUCAUCAUUUUUGCCUAUGUGAUCAAUUCUGUGGCUUAUAUUGGAUCCAACCUCUGGCUCAGUGCUUGGACCAAUGACUCUAAAGCCUUUAAUGGCACUAACUAUCCAGCCUCUCAGAGGGACAUGAGAAUUGGCGUCUAUGGAGUUCUGGGAUUAGCUCAAGGUGUGUUUGUGCUCAUGGCAAAUCUCUUGAGUGCCCAUGGUUCCACCCAUGCAUCAAACAUCCUUCACAGGCAACUGCUAAGCAACAUCCUUCAAGCACCCAUGAGUUUUUUUGACACAACACCCACAGGUCGGAUUGUGAACAGGUUUGCUGGUGAUAUUUCCACAGUGGAUGACACCCUCCCCCAAUCCUUGCGCAGCUGGAUAUUGUGUUUCCUGGGAAUAAUCAGCACUCUUGUCAUGAUCUGCACGGCCACUCCAGUCUUCAUCAUCGUCAUCAUUCCUCUUAGCAUUAUUUAUGUGUCUAUUCAGAUAUUUUAUGUGGCUACUUCCCGCCAGCUGAAACGUCUAGACUCUGUCACCAGGUCCCCAAUUUACUCUCACUUCAGUGAGACAGUGUCAGGUUUGUCCGUCAUCCGUGCCUUUGAGCAUCAGCAGAGGUUUCUGAAACACAAUGAAGUGGGGAUUGACACCAACCAGAAAUGUGUCUUUUCCUGGAUUAUCUCCAACAGAUGGCUUGCAGUUCGUCUGGAGCUGAUUGGGAACCUGAUUGUCUUCUUUUCAUCCCUGAUGAUGGUUAUUUAUAAAGCUACCCUAAGUGGAGACACUGUGGGCUUUGUUCUGUCCAAUGCACUUAAUAUCACACAGACCCUGAACUGGCUAGUGAGGAUGACGUCAGAAAUAGAGACCAACAUUGUGGCUGUUGAAAGAAUAAACGAAUACAUAAAAGUGGAAAAUGAGGCACCCUGGGUGACUGAUAAGAGACCUCCCCCAGGUUGGCCCAGCAAAGGGGAGAUUCGGUUUAACAACUACCAAGUGCGGUACCGGCCUGAACUGGAUCUUGUACUGAGAGGGAUCACUUGUGAUAUUAGGAGCAUGGAGAAGAUUGGUGUGGUGGGCAGAACAGGAGCUGGGAAGUCAUCCUUGACAAAUGGCCUCUUCAGAAUCCUAGAGGCUGCAGGUGGUCAGAUCAUCAUUGAUGGGGUAGAUAUUGCUUCCAUUGGGCUCCAUGACCUCCGAGAAAAAUUGACCAUCAUCCCCCAGGAUCCCAUCCUGUUCUCUGGAAGCCUGAGGAUGAAUCUAGACCCUUUUAACCACUACUCAGAUGAGGAGAUUUGGAAGGCCUUGGAGCUGGCUCACCUCAAAUCAUUUGUGGCUGGCCUGCAACUGGGGUUGUCCCAUGAAGUGGCAGAGGCUGGUGACAACCUUAGCAUAGGGCAGAGGCAGCUACUGUGCCUGGCCAGGGCUCUGCUUCGGAAAUCCAAGAUUCUGAUCAUGGAUGAGGCCACUGCUGCGGUGGACCUAGAGACCGAUCACCUCAUCCAGAUGACCAUCCAAAAGGAGUUCUCCCACUGCACGACUAUCACCAUUGCUCACAGGCUACACACCAUCAUGGACAGUGACAAGAUAAUAGUCCUAGACAAUGGGAAGAUUGUAGAGUAUGGCAGCCCUCAAGAACUGCUGAGGAAUUCGGGCCCCUUUUAUUUGAUGGCCAAAGAAGCUGGCAUUGAAAAUGUGAAUAGCACAUCGUUCUGACAAUAGGUCCCAUGGGCUGGAAAAGGACUAUAAGAUCAUUCCUUAUUUUUUGUGAGAGAUACUACACAGAAGUUUGUAAAAUAUACAUUUUUGAAGAAGGAUUAUGUUAUAUCCAGCUACAGCGGACCACCCCCAAUCUUGCUUUGAUGAUCCCACUUCAAUUUUAUCUCCUUCGUACUUACCUUCCCAGAGAUAACUACUAACCUGAAUUUUGUGAUAAUAAUAUCCUCCUGCUUUUCAUUUUAGUUUUACUACUUGGUAUGUACCCUUAAACAGGAUAUACCUUUUUUAAUUUAUGUAACUGGCCUGACUCAUACUUGACACGUUUUUCUAUGGCUUUUUUUCAAUAUUAUUUUUGAGAUUUAUCCAUGUUGAUGCAUGUAGUGAGGCUGGUUCAUUCUGCACUUCUGCGGUAUGGCAGUGUGUGAAUAUGUCAUAAUAUAUCCAUUUUAAUGUUGGUCAGUAGGGUUAUGUCUAGGGUUUUUUUUUUCUCUCCUAUUAUGUAUAAUACUGCUAGGAACAUUCUGAUAACUUCUGAGAUAUAUGUGUAAGAAUUUCUUUAGGGAUAUAAUGUAGGAAUGGGGUGCAUGUACCUGUUUACAUGUAUAUACUAGGUAAUGCCAACUUAGUAAUGCCAAUUUAAUACACUUUUUGUCAGUCUGAUGAGUAUGAAUUGGUAUCUCAUUGAGGUUUUAUGUUUCCCUGGUUGCUACUGAGGUGUCAUGGUGCUUUAUUUCUUUGUAUGCCUUGUGAAUUUUAACUAAGCUGCUCACUCUCCUUAGCCUUCAAAGAAUGCUCACAGGUAAAAUACUGAGUUGAACCUGAGCUCUCCUAAAUGGAACUGGGAAAGCUUUUGCCUGUUACUUCGAGGCAUUAACCAGAACCAAUUUGAAUUAAAUUCUCCACUAGGAGUUUCAAACCAUACAGUUAGCAUGACUUCAGACCAUAAUUUUGGAUAAGAACCAACUUGUGGUUUACAAAUUCUGAAGGGAGACUCCUCCCCUUGACAUAGUGUCAAGUUGGAGAUAGACACGUUGCCUUGUUGACUCCUGCAUGGCAGGGUUUAUUCCUUAUCUACCUAUAUACUACAAAUAUAGGUUUGUCUACCUUCUGGGUCCAGGUUUAACACAGGGUCUCCUAUUAUACUGUCCAUCCUGACAGGCGUUGGCUUUAUCUCUUAUCUUGGCAUCCUGUAUUGUCAACAAAGGUCAAAGUCUUCAGGUUUCAGAAGUGACCCUAAGCUUUGAUAAUCAUUUUCCAAGGUUUUUUGUUUCACAUUACUUUGGGUUCAGUAUUUACUUCCAUUUCAGUGAUGAAAUUAUAUUUAUAUAUUGUAUAAUAUAUAUUUUAUUAUAUUUAUUAUAUUCAUCAUUUUAGCUAUUAGAUGCUCAGAGGCUGAAACUUCCUGCAGGAAGCAUAUAAUAGCUGCAAGACUGGAUGAGGAAGGGAUUUUUCCUAUUUGCUCUGUUCCCAUCAGCAUCACCCUAAGAAAGUUGUCUCCAGCAAAGGUCCUACAGGGAGCAGCACGGAUCUCAGUUUGUACAGUGUUCCUGAAACCAGGGUCAUCAUGCUCCUCAGAGACACUAGCAGCACACCUUCCCAGAAGCCUGGGUUUUAGCUCUGUGGGGCACCUCCUAUGUUUUGUUGAAAUGCAGAACUCUAUCUCUCUCUCUCUUUGUUCUCUUAGCCCUAAUGGUGGCAGUUGCUUCUGGAAGGUGCUAGCUCUGAUACUUAUUUUCCUCUGGCCCUUUCUUCAAUGCCCACUUAAUUCUUUAUACGGUACUAUUAAAAUAAUCUAUGUUUUGGGUCUCCUGACUAACCCAACUGAUAGAACCCUUGGAGAUAAUCCAAUUAAAGUCUCUUAUUUUUCAGAUAAGCACAUGCCUAAGAAAAAUUAUAAUAUCCAAGUCAAAACAUGGAUAUUUCUGGCAGAGCCAGAACCAGAAACCAAUUUGCUGAUUUGGUCCAAUGAUUUUUCUUUUAAUGGGAGAGGGUUUUUGACCUAACUACUCCUACUGAUGCAGAUAAAGAGAAGGUAAAGGUCAUUCUUUUCUCAGAAGUGAUGACUAACAUCCAGUGAAGGUGGUGGGAACCAGAACCAGCCUGGAUUCAAAACUUUGGUGAUGACUCCUCCCAUUCCAAAUCUUGUUGGCCCAGACCCUGGCUAACUGAAUCCCCACUCUGGGACACUUACAUUAUGAAUGUUCUUUCCUACUUUCACUUGCCCCUGAAGGAUUAAGAUAAUCCUACUGUUUGGGUUCCUGACCUUCCAGUUUCUCUAUGAUUCUCAACUGCCUAUAGAAAGCUCUCAAACAUCUGGUCCAAUCACAUUUCCUCUAAUGGCUGUUAAAAAAAAAGAGACAAAAAGCCUCAAAUGGGGUCAUUUAUACUAUGCCUCAUGCCACCAAGCUGAGACUUAAUACCUACUUUAUAGUUUCAGCCUUUCCCAGGAAUGGAAUCUUAAAGCAAUCAGGAAUUCCCUGGUCAAUAGUACUGAGGUAAUCUGCCUUCCAGACCCUUGUAUCCCCUAAAGGAAGGUGACUCUGCCACAAUCAAUCUGCUUUUUGCUAGUAUAACUUCCUUGUCCCAUUCCCUUCUGCCUAUAAAAGUCUUUCCAUUAAUCAGAUACAUCAACACCAGAUUUUGAUUCAGAUGCUAGGGACACAGAGGCAGAGACAUCUGUUCUGGUGAUGGCAGUUGUGACAGUCACAGCUAUUCUCCAUUGGUGGGGGCUCUAGCACCAGGGGCCAGUGAUGUUGCGUGAUAUUGAGCAUCAUUCCUGGGUUCAAAGACUCAAAUAGGGCUUUCUUCAUCUCCCAGAGAGUCGUGAGCUGUUUUCAUUUGAAAACUUUCUUUCUGCUUAAGUUUACCAGAAUUUGGGACAAUUAAAAAUAUUUCCCAGAUAAUUUAUUAUUUUGUUUGGGUCUCCCUACUAACUAUGAGCCUAUUCCUACGAGGAAUAAUUUCUUAUUUUUUGUAUGUCUAGAGUUUCCAAUGUUCAAAAACUCUUCAUUAAAAACUCAGUGGAGGGGAUCCCUGGGUGGCGCAGCGGUUUGGCCCCUGCCUUUGGCCCAGGGUGCGAUCCUGGAGACCUGGGAUCGAGUCCCACGUCGGGCUCCUGGUGCAUGGAGCCUGCUUCUCCCUCUGCCUGUGUCUCUGCCUCUCUCUUUCUCUCUCUGUGACUAUCAUAAAAAAAAAAAAAAAAACCUCAAUGGGGGAUGCGUGGGUGGCUCAGUGGUUAAGCAUGUCGGCCUUCAGCUCAGGGCAUGAUCCUGGAGUCUCAGGAUCGAGUCUCACAUCAGGCUCCCUGCAUGGAGCCUGCUUCUCUGUCUGCCCAUGUCUCUCCUCUCUCUCUGUAUCUCUCAUGAAUAAAUAAAUAAAAUCUUGAGAAAAACAAAAAACCUCCCAAGGAACAAAAAUCCAGGACCAGAUGGUUUCACAAGUGAAUUAUACCAAGCAUAGGGCAGCCCGGGUGGCUCAGUGGUUUAGCGCUGCCUUCAGCCCAGGGCCUGAUCCUGGAGUCUCGGGAUCGAGUCCCACAUUGGGCUCCCUGCAGGGAGCCUGCUUCUCCCUCUGCCUGUGUCUCUGCCCCUCUCUCUGUGUCUCUCAUGAAUAAAAAAAUAAAAUCUUAAAAAAAAAAGAAUUAUACCAAGCAUUUAAAGUAGAGUU